AUGGUCUUCGCAUCCCGCAACAUGCUUUUCGCUCUCGCCAUGUUGGCCUCUUCGAUCAGCGGCUCUAUGGCCCAGGCGCCCUUGGAUUCCACCUGUCUCGCCACUGGAAUCAACGGUUCCAAGGGUUGCGAGCCCUUUAUCGACGGUUUCUGCGACUACGCUGCCAGCGGAAAGUUCAGGCGAAGGGACAACGUCGCUCGUUGCUACAAUAACGGCGCAGCCAAGUGCGAUCUUACCGUUUGGGCUCGGGACCUAGCUAUAGGUGGCCCCAUCGGACGAAAAGCAUUAGUCGAUAUUUGA